AGUUGCUCUCCAUGAAAGCUCUUCGUUGUGAGUGAUUUGUUGUAAAGAUUGCUAGAAAUGAAUAAUGUUCACCAAAUACAGCACUAACGAUAAGGAUGACGAUUUCAAGCUUACAAAUAGCAGCAACAAUUCAAACACAGUCUAUAGUACUCACCAAAACAUUACCGCUCCGAUUGAUAUCGAAACCAACCCUGGUUUUGAGCAACUUACUGGUGCCAGGAAGACAGUACUACAUGUGAGUUCUCUAAGCGCCUGGAGCUUAGAAACAGAAAGUCUCUCCAUGAUCGACGACGAAAUGCAAGUGAUCGACACGAUCGAUCAAAGCUACUGGAAUGGAAAGUUUGUCCCACCACCGCCGAGGCCUCCGUUUCUGGAGGAAUCGAUUGCUCCAGACGGUUUAACCACGUGCGAUCUUUGCUCGUGGGCCUGGCAAGAUAAGGGGUCACUGUCACUUGAUGGCGCAAUAAAGGAAAUCUUCACUUCAUCGGACACGAAGGAAUUUAAUUGGACAUUUGCGUUGAUAGUGGUUUCGCUGACGUCGGCUUUUCUCGGUGCCAUAAUAAUGAUAGUAUUUCUUAGAUGUAAACGGAUUCGUACCAAUCCGCACGGACUCCGUACAUUGUGUUUCGAUUCUAGCAGUACAAAGGAUACCAGUGGGUUAAAUUUUGAUAAUCAAACAUCGAAAAACUCAACCAAUGGGUCAUGUAGCCCUCGUAGUACAAAUUCCGGAUUGUGGACGUGGUUUAGCAGUCGCAAGAAUCUGUCAACGCCGGAUCAGCUGGUAAACUCGCAUACGCUACCGGUGGAGAACCACUACACGCACAUGGAUGACAAUAACUACAAUCCUGUGCAGAUCGACGAAGCAUCGUAUGCUGAAGUGGGAAACGAAAUUGGUCCCUCAGAAACUACCUCCUACAAAUCAGGCUCCGUACAACAUGGUACAGACAACGACAUUCUAAUCAUGAACUGCCCACUGCCAGCAAUACCGACCGGAUCGCACAGUGCUAGCGGAGGGGCUAGCGGGUCCGGCAGUGCGUACUACUCUGGGCUGCUCAAUAAUGCCAAUAUGACCAGAGCGGAGGAUGAAGACGAGCGUCCAUACGAAAUAGUUGAUCUGAAGGAGAUGUCAUCACCUCACAAAAACCACAAUGUCCAAAGCCAUUUUUUGAACGAAACGAACAACCUACUAACGAUUGAGAAACACUCAGAAACGCUACCAGAAGGGACUAUCAGCGCUUCUGAUUACGUUUGAUAGUGCAAGUGAAUGUCAACUUGGAAAGAGAUUAUUACACACCAUUCAUUUAGGAUGAUUAUUUAUGCUUAGUUGCUGUGCACAUCAAAAGUGUGUGUGUGUGUGAAUGGAAAUGUAUUUAUUUGACUGAUUUUGACUAUUCAACGAAUGGAUAAUGUAGACAAUGAUACUGCGUAGGUUUUCCAACCAACUUUUGGAUCUUUUUAGGUAUUUUUUAUGCUAUCAUAUGAAGAGGUAGUAAAGUAAAGAACCAUUGACUGCGCAAGAACCAUUCCGCCGAUUAGAGUCAUUAGCAAGUCAUUAAGUGUAGAACAUGUAGUGCAAAAAGAAACAAAUUACAGGACCAUACUUACUUACUGAUAUGGCAUUUAUGUGAUGUCGUUAGAUUUUAACAUUAAACAGACUGUCCACGUUUUAUGUGUGCCCGUGUGCCUAUUUGUAAGUGUGUGUGUGUGUUUUUGAUCCCGAACCGUAGUAGCCUUGGUGAUAUUAACUAGAGAUUAAACAUUCGUAUUAGGUCAACCCGUAAUAUUAAAGACAAAAUAAAACAAGCUGGAAAUUUUGGAACAAAAGCCUCCCCUCCCAUCCUGCAAGUACCUUUAGCGGUUAAAUGGUUUUCUUGUAAAACAACUAGUCGUAAGUGUUAGUGCAGUGCAGUUAUCAUUCAAAGUCCAAGCUCUCAUACGACACACAUAAUCAUCAUUAUCAUGUGAACAAUAAACAUUUCAUAAAGAUAACUUGGUAGAGACAAUAUUCUUGAUUAGCAUUGUAGGAGUAAACUAUCGAAUGGUUUAUCCGUCAUUUUAGUCGGGGUUUUGUAAACAUUUUUAACACCAUCGCAUGCUUCGAAGCGAAUUUACAAAGGAAAUAAAAGCUCAAGAAAAUUUCCAUCCGAUUUGCGUAUUUUUGUCUAAGGUGUGUUUAUGAAGUUGGAAUGUCCGUAUAUAACAAUGAAUAUGAUUUUAAUCUUUUUGUAAUUCAAUGGUUUAUUACCUUCGGGCCACUUUUUUACAGCUACAGUGUGUAAUUUUCUGUUGAAAAAAUGCGUAUCAUUGUGGCACUGAAAUGUUCAAAGUACACAUUCAAGUUUUUAAGUGAUACACCUUUUGAGGAACAGAAUUCGAGCAUGUUCCUUGGAACCUUGAAUGUUCGGUCCUACUUUAUACAAUUUACUAAAGCGAUAUUUGUUGGAUCUUAUUACGCCUGGCUCAUGGCCAAUGUCAGUGCCAAAAAUUGUGUCACUAAAUAUGUCACCCCAUUUAGUGACACAAUGUUAGGCACUGACAUUAACUAUCUGACCUCAGCGAUACUAGCCUCGGCUCAACACGGACUCUCUAAAGGACAUUACUGUCCAACAGGAAUUCAAAGCCGCUGUAGACGAGUCUCUACUACCAGAAAACAGAUAUGAAACUACGAGCGAGAGGUGGAAAACUCUAAAAGCAAAAAUAAUAAACUGUGCAAGAAAUACACUCCCACCACGUCGUGGCAACAUAAAAUCUGGUUGGUUCGACGAUGAAUGCAGACAAGUGACCGAACGUAAGAAUACUGCAUACCGAGCAAUGCAGCAACGGCAUAGAACGCGGGCAUGCGUAGAGGAAUAUUCACGACUCAGACGCGAAGAGAAACGAGUUCACCGCUCCAAGAAGCAUGCUUUGGAAGAUCAAAACAUGCGGGAACUCGAGCAAACCAGAGAGGCGUACGGACCGACACGAAAGUUUUACCAAGCGAUAGCAGGUCACCGAAACAACGUUGUACCUAAGGUAACCUGCUGUCGCAACAAGGAUGGAGAUCUGGUUGGUAACCAGCCAGAGGACCUCUCGCGGUGGGCUCAGUACUUUGAUGAUUUAUUCAACGACCAGUAUAACGAACAGCUAGAAGCGCCACUAGCAGAUAGUGUCAUGCUACUGCCACCUAGCAUAGAAGAAACACGAAAGGCUAUCCGUCGGCUGAAAAAUAACAAGGCACCCGGAACCGACGGAAUUGCAGCUGAACUGGUCAAGAAUGGACGACUAGAAAACGAGAUUCAUCAAAUUGUUACUGAGGUGUGGGAUAGCGAAUCAAUGUCUUUGUUAUUGGAAUCGCGGCAUCAUCUACCCCAUAUACAAGAAGGGAGACAGGUUGGGCUGCAACAACUACAGGGGUAUUACGGUGUUGAAUACCGCCUAUAAAAUAUUCUCCCGGAUCCUUCAGGAUCGUCUUGUCCCGCACGUCGAAGAGAUAGUCGGAAACUAUCAAAGAGGAUUCCGAAACAGAAAAUCAACCACUGAUCAGAUUUUCACUAUGCGGCAGGUCUUGGAGAAAAUGGCUGAAUACAGACACGACACAUACCAUCUCUUCAUUGACUUCAAAGCCGCAUAUGAAAGCAUAGCCAUAGCAUAGCAUAGCAAACUGUAUGACGAUAUGAGCUCUUUGAGUGUUUGGAAUCCCAGCCAAACUGAUAAGGCUAGUUAGAAUGACUAUGACCAACGUCACUUGCCAGGUGAGGGUGGAUGGAAAACUCUCAGGACCUUUUGCUACCACCAAAGGUCUGCGGCAGGGGGACGGGCUUGCCUGUCUCCUAUUCAACCUGGCGCUAGAAAGGGCCAUUCGCGACUCAAGGGUGGAGACUGCGGAAACUAUCUUCUAUAAGUCAACCAGGAUCCUGGCAUACGCUGAUGAUAUAGACAUCAUUGGUCUGCUGCUCCUCUAUGUAGAAGAAGCCUACCAAGGAUCCGAGCAGGCGGUAGAGAACCUCGGAUUGCAGAUAAACGAGGCAAAGACCAAACUGACGGUGGCAACAUCAGCGGGCCUACCAAUAAAUAAUCAGAAUCUUCGUAGGCGUGACGUGCAGAUAGGUGAACGCACUUUUGAAGUCGUCUCAGAUUUCACCUAUCUUAGGUCAAAGGUCAGCAACGACAAUAGCAUGGAAGCUGAGUUGCGCCCAAGGAUGCUGGCUGCCAACUGGUCUUACUGGUCUACAGCCUGAAAAAUCAGUACACCUCAAAUAACCUGACGUGACGGACAAAGGUGGAACUAUAUAGUACCUAUAUAGUACCAGUACAUACGCCUCUGAGACAUGGACGCUGUCCAAAACUGGCGAAACUCUCUUAGCCGCAUUGGGAAGGAAGAUGCUCAGAAGGAUACUUGGCCCUGUAUGUGUGGAAGGACAAUGGAGGAACCGCUAUAAUGACGAGCUAUACGAGAUGUACGGCGACAAAUUUACACAACAAUUUAUCAUACUAUCGUGAGAUGUAAUUUAUGUUUCUUGAAAUCACCUACAAAAGCAGAGUUGUAAUUAAUUUCACACUUUGAGUCGAUUCCAAUAAUAUAUUUCAUAUGAUUUAUGGUUGAUGUUUGAAAUUUAUUUAAUAAGCUAAAACUACCUAAGCAUUAACAUAAGGUAGUUUUGUAAUAGAUUCCAUUGAAAAAGGCUUUAAUAGAACUAAAGAUAGCUUACCUUAUCAAAGAGAUAAUUGUUCAUUCUCAAAACAUAAAGCAUACAAGCAAGCUGUAGAAAGCGCUACAUAACCAACAUAAAUGACAAUUAAGUAAUAUAUGACAAUUUUAACAUAAAACAUAUAGGAUCGAGAAAAUAAAUUUGAAUCAUUUCUAUCAUUACUAAAUUACAAGUUAAGUAAUAUAUGACAAUUUUAACAUAAAACAUAUAGGAUCGAGAAAAUCAAUUUGAAUAAUUUCUAUCAUUACUUUUUAAUUUGUAUUUGUAAAAUCAUUGCUCAUCAUUGAAUCAUUGAAGCAUUCACCACAAUUGAAAGUGGAACUGCAUCGUUUUUUGGUAAGAUGGCAAUAUGCGAUAUGCAGUUCAAUUGAUAAAUAUUAAUUUAGAUGAUUUGUUUUAUUAAUAAUAAAUCUUUAUCAUACAGUACAUGCGUAAAAAAAUCAUAGAUCCACUCGUUCACAACAUUGCAUGCGUUAUGCCUUUUGAAUACCGUUUUUUUUUAAAUCGUCUACUAGCAAUAACACUCCAUAGUAGCAUUGUUAUUUUGGUAAAAUAAUCUUUAUCAAUAAACUUUAUUUUUUCCUUUACAAGCGACUUGUGUGCUGUUCUGGUUUGGCUUUUCAGUUGUUUUUACAGCCUCAUCAUAGUUGAUCUUUUUAAAGUUGGCUCAGGUCGGUAGAUCGCGUUGACCCAUGAUCGAGAGGGUAGAGUAUCCACAUUUCUUCAGAGCAGCAACGACGAACAGCACAUAGUAAACGAGUUCAUAUGACACAAACAAACACAA